CUUCGCUCCCCAAUGAGCCAACCGUCGCUCACAGCGGCCGUGUGCCUCUUCCCCAACGUGACGGUCACUGAUUACCAAGGACCCGCAGAGCUGCUUGGCCUUCUGUCUUCCGCCAGAAGAGGGCGAACAGUGGUCUCGGACAAGCUUCCAGAUUUCACGAUCGAGUUGACAUACUUGUCGCACACGCUCGAGCCAGUCAAGCCGAAAGUCGGGCCACGAGUAACACCAGAGAGAACGUAUGACGACGCUCAAGAGCAGUUUGACAUCAUUCUCGUCCCUGGAGGGCCGAGCGUCAACCCACCCAGUGCUUGUAACGAGUUCAUCCUGCGACAAAGCCCUGGGGCACAGUAUAUCCUCAGUGUCUGUACGGGGUCGUUAAUUCUGGCGAGGCUUGGGUUGCUCAAUGGCCAUCCGGCGACGACAAACAAGGGUGUGUUCAAAGAAGUCAAGGAAGAGACAAAGGAUCUUCCCAUAAGAUGGAUGGAGAAGGCGCGCUGGGUGACGAGCGAUAACAAGAAAAUAUGGACUGCUUCAGGGGUCACUGCAGGGAUGGAUAUGGCUGGAGGAUUUGUGGAUCAUCUUGUUGGGAAAGAAUUGGGCCUUGCGUGUCGGUCGUUCCUUGAAAUGAGUGUUAGGGACGAGGGCGACGACGAGUUUGCUGCAUAUCAUGGACUUGUCUAG